CCGGGAAAACAUUAGUUUCUAACUUCCGGAGAGAGAAAACAUCGUCUACUGGAACCGAAUGGUGCAAUAGCACCUCGCAAACUUUAUAGCCUUUUGUAAGGCUGACAAGACAGAAAGAAAUACUGACAGUGACCUCAUCAUGCCUCUGAAACAGCCCACGAACCAGAAACGUCUGACAAACGUGGCUGUCGUGAGACUGAAGAAAGGGGGCAAGCGUUUCGAAAUUGCGUGUUACCCAAAUAAGGUCUCGUCAUGGAGAAGCAAAGUAGAAACAGAUAUUGAUGAAGUGCUUCAGACAAAAAGUGUGUUCAUGAAUGUUUCAAAGGGAGAAUUUGCAAAGACAGAGGAGCUGAAAAAGAUUUUUGGUACAGAUAACCAAGAAGAGAUAUGCUUGGAGAUCUUGGCAAAAGGUGAGCUGCAAGUAACAGAAAAAGAACGGCAUGUACAACUGGAGUCAAUGUUUCGAGACAUCGCAACAAUUGUUGCAGAUAAAUGUGUUAAUCCAGAUACAAAUCGACCAUACCCUGUCACAAUGAUAGAAAAAGCCAUGCGAGAUUUACAUUUCUCAGUCAAGCCACACAAGAACAGUAAGCAGCAGGCUCUUGAAGUAAUACGCCAGCUGACUGAAAAAGAGGCCUUGAAGAUUCAGAGAGCUUACAUGAGGCUACGUCUGGUGAUUCCAGCUAAGGAAGGGCAUAAAGUGCGUGAAAAAGUCAAGAAGCUGUCCACCAAAGUUGAAGAAGAUGAAUUUGAAGAUGAUUUGGAAAUGGUUGUACUUGUGGAUCCAGGCUGCUACAGAGAGUUAGACGAACUUGUGAGGGAGGAUACAAGAGGGAAAGGCAAAAUUGAAGUACUUAGUUUGAAGGAAAUUCAUGAAGGAGAGGAGAGUUUGUAAUGCUGUGAAAUGUUUUUUCUUUUUCAAAUCUGCGGACUUAAUGGCUUGAAAACUGAGAGGUUGUCAAGCAGAAUGUAACUAUGCUCAGGACACAUUAGCUUUGUCAUAGCUUGUGUAUUUUGUAUAAGAUGAAGUUUGUCUUCAAGAUUAAAUAAUUACUUUUUCUCAAAGCUGCCUUUAUGAAGCAUGUAUAUUAAUAAUAUCUAGUGUCCUAUUGCCAUGCUAUUAACAUCUGUACACAGUUUACUGUCAAUUGUCCCACCCUUAAGAAAAGGUGGAGGUAGUAUGACUUUUGAGAAGAGAGAAAAAUCCUUUUUCUCUUCUGUAUUGCUUGUCGGACUCUUGAAUCAUGCUGGCAUGAAUGGAAUGUUGGGCAAGAGUGAUAUAUGUAUGCAGGAUGUGUUACCACGACAGACCAGUAUGCAGCAUCAUUUGAGUCCUGCUAACAGUGGGUACUGGAGGAAUGAUACAGUCUAGCAAGCUCUGCUUUGUUGUAUUCCAUUCAUGCUGACUUGGUCUUUCAAAUGUAACAGCUACUUUGAGUCAGAUAGCACUGUCUUCAGUACAGUUACAGUGGUUUGUUUCUUUAGCAUGAGUUCAGACCCAAUCCUGUCCAAAUUAUUUUGUUAGAGCAGUGAAUUACCACCAGACAUUGCUUCUUGGUGCUAUUCAAAGUGAAGCCACUGUUUGGUGCCAUCUUGUUGUGUUGCUUACGACUGAUGCUCAUAAGUGGCCUUAGACGGUUGACAGAUUUUUAAGCCAUAGCCUUCCACUAAUGAUUAUUUUCAUACCUGUGAAAAAAAAACUGAAGUAGCUAAAUAACCUUUGAGCCUCUUUUUGCAUCAGAUCUUUUGUUAAGUAAUAAUAUCCCUUUCAGCUGUCUACAUCAUCUGUUGCCAUCACAGGUUGUGAUCCAAAGAAUGCAUGUGUUUUGUAGUGUACUGAGAUUUUUAUACUGCUGCUCUGUGUUGGUUUCACUGAAAAUUGUUUUGUCUCGGAUGUUAUAGAGCUAAAUACAAAAAAAGAAAAAAAAAAGUAUAUGAAUUGCUUCAAGUUUGAGUAGCACUUUCAUGCAAGGUCUUGACAUUUUGCUCAAGGUUACCUUGCAGCAUUUGCAUCUCUUUCUGGCAAGCUUUCAUAAAAUGUAUUAAGUGCAGGACCAUGUGGGCAGAGGGAGAAUGUGCAAAUGUGUGCAGUGAAACACACUUAAGUGCUUACCUUCAUGUUGGAUUGUUAAAACAAAUACAAGUGUGUUUGAAUGAUG